AUGGAACGACAAAAACCAAAUAUUCAUAAUCGUUAUGAGAAUACUGACGCAUACGAUAAACAAAUUUCAGACGAUGAAGCAUUUUUUUCUAAAACAAUUGGACGAUGCCAACAUACAAAUUGGGAUGUUUGUGAAAAUGUUCGUUUACAAGAAUUGACAGAAAUAAGAGAAAGAUCAGUACAAAUGGAAAAGACAAUGAGAUGGUGGUCUGAUUGUACAGCUUCAUGGAGAGAAAAAUGGAAAACAGUAAAAAAAGAAAAAAAUGAGGCUAGAGAAGAAAUUGAACAAUUGAAAAGGCAAUUAGAAGUUAUGACAGAUUUAUAUGAAAAAGAAAAAGCUAAAAAUGAAGAACUAGAAAAAAAAAUACAUGAACUUGAAAAUAAAUGA